GAUAAAAGCAAAGAGGAAUAUGAAUCUGAUAUUGAAACACCAGAAGAUGAAAGUUUAUUUUAUUAUGCAGAAGAAGCUGAAAGAAUUGAAAAGAAGAUCAUUAAACAAGUAUAUGAAAGAGAAUUCUAUUUUCAGGAAAAUAAUAAAUCAGAAGAAAUCAAAAAGGUAGUUUACAAUUUUGGAGAACUAAAAGAUAAUCAAGUUCAUGUCUUUACUAAAUUCAUGAAGAAUUAUAAGAAUCUAUUUGUUUGGAAACCUUAUAAAUUUGGACAAACCAAAGUUCUAUCUCAUGCUAUACAAACUGAUGGACCUCCUAUUAAGCAGAACUUUUAUUGA